UUUCAUUUUAGCGAACAAGACUUUUAUUUUGAUUUGGCGGUGUGACGUCACAAGGCUGCGCCGCGCUCCCGCGUCUGCGAUUCGGAUGAAGAGAGGACAAAGUGUCCAAACACAGAAAAACUCCUGCUGAAGCAACUGAGAUCCAUGUGACACACGAUUAUAAAGAUGGCGUUUAUUAAAGAAGAGAGUGAAGACAUUAAGAUUGAAGAAGCAUUCAGAGUCAAACAUGAAGAUACUGAGGAACAAACAGACCUUGUGCUCCUAAAAGAGAAAAGUGAAGAACUAAAUGAAGUGGAAGACAAAGAUCAGUAUGAGAAACAUGAUUUUACUGGAGAAAGUCUGUAUAGUUGCUCACAAACUAAACAGAAUUCACAAAAGAGAGUUCAAAAGACAGGAGCUAGAAGUCAUUUCACCUGCCAACAAUGUGGAAAGAGUUUCACUAAGAAAGGAACCCUUAAUGUCCACAUGAGAAUUCACACCGGAGAGAAGCCUUACACCUGCCAGCAGUGUGGAAAAAGUUUCACUAAAAGUGGAACCCUUCAAAGGCACAGUAGAAUUCACACUGGAGAGAAACCUUACAACUGCAAACGGUGUGGAAAGAGUUUUACUGAAAGAGCAAACCGUAAUGUUCAUAUGAGAAUUCACACCGGAGAAAAGCCUUACACCUGCAAACUGUGUGGUAAUAAAUUCAUUCGAAAAGGAAGCCUUGAUAGCCACAUAAGAAUUCACACUGGGGAGAAACCUUACACCUGCCAACAGUGUGGAAAGAGUUUUAGUCAAAAAGGAAACCUCAAAGUUCACAUGAGUGUUCACACUGGAGAGAGCCUUUUCAACUGCCAUCAAUGUGGUAAAAGUUUCACUAUAAAGGGAAACCUUGAAGUCCACAUGAGAAUUCACACUGGAGAAAAGCCGUUCACAUGCCCUAAGUGUGGAAAGAGCUUCUGUCAAAAAGGAAACCUCAAAGGCCACAUGAGUGUUCACACUGGUGAGAAAUGUGAAAAACUAAAUGAAAUGGAAUACAAAGAUCAGUCUGAAAAACAUGAUUUCACUGGAGAAAGUUUUAGUUGCUCAGAAACUAAACUGACAACUCAAAAGACAGGACCUAGAAGUCCUAUCAUCUGCCAACAAUGUGGAAAAAGUUUCACUAAAAAAGAAACCCUUAUGCUCCACAUGAAAAUUCACACCGGAGAGAAGCCUUACACCUGCCCACAGUGUGGAAAAUGUUUCGCUGUUAAUGGAACCUUUCAAAGGCACAUUAGAAUUCACACUGGAGUGAAACCUCACACCUGCCAACAGUGUGGAAAGAGUUUUACUGAAAGAGGAAACUAUACUGCUCACAUGAGAAUUCACACCGGAGAGAAGCCUUACACCUGCAAACUGUGUGGAAUUAGUUUCAUUCGAAAAGGAAGCCUAGAGAGCCACAUGAGAACUCAUACUGGAGAGAAACCUUACACCUGCCAACAGUGUGGAAAGAGUUUUAGUCAAAAAAGAAACCUCAAAGGCCACAUGAGUGUUCACACUGCUGAGAAUUGUGAAAAAGUAAUUGAAAUGGAAGACAAAGAUCAGUCUGAGAAACAUGAUUUUACUGGAGAAAGUUUGUAUAGUUGCUCACCAUCUAAACAGACUUCACAAAAGAGAGCUCAAAAGUCAGGAGCUAGAAGUUAUUUCAUCUGCCAACAAUGUGGAAAGAGUUUCACUAAAAAAGAAUCCCUUAAAGUCCACAUGAGAAUUCACACCGGAGAGAAGCCUUACACCUGCCAGCAGUGUGGAAAAAGUUUCACUAAAAAUGGAACCCUUCAAAGGCACAUGAGAAUUCACACCGGAGAGAAACCUUACAACUGCAAACGGUGUGGAAAGAGUUUUAGUCAAAAAAGAAGCCGUAAUGCUCACAUGAGAAUUCACAUCAGAGAGAAGCCUUAAGGCCCUGAUAUACUUCAAACGAAGUUCGUUUUUGUUCUUCGUUUGGGGCAAAAAGAAGUUUGAAAAUUCUGAGUGAUGGUAUACUGUUUCUGAACUCUCUGACACCCCCGCACUGCUGGAGGCGGGGUGUAGAUUAAUGUAAACGUGUCACGCUACUUGCGCGUAUCCCCUAAACAAAACAAUGAUGAAGUGUAGGCGAUCUAGGUGUAAGAUGGGCCCUACUGGUUAGAAUAUUAUAGACAAAAGAAUAAUGAUUAGCAUCAGUUCCGAGUCAAGUAUCAUGUUUGCAAUACAAAAGAACCAUUCCAUUUCCAUAAUCAGUCCUUUAUGGAAAGUGUGAAUGACACAUAUAAACUUAAGCAUGAUGUGGAAAAAAAUAUUGGUGUCAGUUUGUUCCUUUAUUUUAUUAGUGUUCAUUUAUUUUAUUAAACUGGAUAAAUUGUUACACCUUUUUAUAUUUUAU